AUGACUCCUACUGAUAAAAAGUCCUACGUUUUUCAGUGCAAAAUUAACGAAAAACCUGCCCAAGCUAUAGCCGGUAAAGGCACUCGUAUCACCAUUGAAAAGGAUGGUAAAAUAUAUAGUGAUAUUAUUGAUGCCGUUACUGGUGCUGCUGUUGGUGCUUUGGGAUGGGGUGAUGAAGACAUCGUCGAUAUUAUCACUGAAGCAGCCAAGACCUCUACCUAUUCUUUCCCAUCUUUGAUUGGUAACAAACAAUCCGAAGAACUGGCUAAAUUUUACAUCGACAAUUCCCCAAACGAUGCAUUUGUUUCUGCUUUAUGGUGUUGCUCUGGUUCGGAAGCUAAUGAAAGUUGUAUGAAAAUCAUGUACCAGUACUGGUUAGAACGUGGCAAGACAAAAAAAACAAAAUUUAUUUCUAGAAAGAGUUCUUAUCAUGGAUUUACUAUUGGUUCUCUAUCUAUUGCUGACAAUGCUCGUGUGGUUGCCUUUAAGAAUAUCUUAUUGCCAGAAACUCAGUGUCUAAAGAUGCCGGUUUGCUACCCAUACAGAUUCCAAAAGAAGGGCCAAACCGAAGCUGAAUAUGUCCAAGAAUUACUAGGUAACUUGGAAUAG